GGGGCGCACUGCCGGGAGCCUCCUCUGCGGACAGGGGUGCCCGAGCCCGGGGAGUCUCUCGCUGAGGACAGGGCGCACGAGCCCCGGGGACCCCCGCUGAGGACAGGGGCGCCCGUGCCCAAGGAGCCCCCCGCUGAGGACAGGGGCGCACGAACCCCGGGGGACCCCCGCUGAGGACAGGGGCGCCCGUGCCCCAGGAGCCCCCCGCUGAGGACAGGGGCGCCCGUGCCCCAGGAGCCCCCCGCUGAGGACAGGGGCGCCCGUGCCCAAGGAGCCCCGGCUGAGGACAGGGGCGCAGGAACCGGGGAGCCCCCGCCGCGGACGGGGCGCCCCGCCAUGCCGCCCGGCAAGGUGCUGCAGCCGGUGCUGAAGAUGAAGGUGGACGAGCUGUUCCUGCGCUGGCUGAGCGAGGCGAGCACGCAGCGGACGCUGCACGACUGCCUGCGGCGCAUCCAGGCGCCCGCGCGGCCCGAGCGGGGCGCGGGGGACGCGGGGCCCGCGCCCGCCCCGCCCGCCCGCGCGCCCGACGCCCCCGGCGCGCUGCCCCUGGGCGCCCCCGCCAGCCCCAGGACCGGGCCGCACGCGCGGGGGGCGCGGAGAUCGGCCGCGAGCAGAGCCGUGCAGACCCGCCAGCAGGAGCCGCUGCCGCCCGCCGGCAGCCAGAGCAUCCCCGCCUUCUACUUCCCGGGGCGGCCGAAGGACGCGGCCAGCGUGGACGCCGCCAUCGCCAGGGUCGAGCGGGCCUUCGCGCAGUUCCCGCAGGAGCGCGCCGCCAUGGAGGAUGGCCUCGUGGCCAAGGCCUGCGGCUGCCCCCUCUACUGGAAGGGGCCGCUGUUCUGCGCGGCGGGCGGCGAGCGCACGGGCUGCGUGUCGGUGCACAAGUUCGUGGCCAUGUGGAGGAAGGUCCUGCACACCUGCCACGACGACGCCGCCAGGUUCGUGCACCUGCUCAUGAGCCCCGGCUGCAACUACCUGGUGCAGGAGGACUUCGUGCCGUUCCUGCAGGACGUGGUCAACACGCACCCCGGCCUGUCCUUCCUGAAGGAGGCGUCCGAGUUCCACUCGCGCUACAUCACCACGGUCAUCCAGAGGAUCUUCUACACGGUCAACAGGUCGUGGUCGGGGCGGAUCACCUGCACGGAGCUGCGCAGGAGCACCUUCCUGCAGAACGUGGCGCUGCUGGAGGAGGAGCCGGACAUCAACCAGCUGACCGAGUUCUUCUCCUACGAGCACUUCUACGUCAUCUACUGCAAGUUCUGGGAGCUGGACACUGACCACGACCUGUUCAUUGACGCGCAGGACCUGGCGCGCCACGGCGACCACGCCAUCUCCUCCAGGAUGAUCGAGAGGGUGUUCUCCGGCGCCGUGACGCGGGGCCGGAAGGUGCAGAAGGAGGGGAGGCUGAGCUACGCCGACUUCGUGUGGUUCCUCAUCUCCGAGGAGGACAAGAAGACCCCCACCAGCAUCGAGUACUGGUUCCGCUGCAUGGACCUGGACGGGGACGGGGCGCUGUCCAUGUUCGAGCUGCAGUACUUCUACGAGGAGCAGUGCCGCCGGCUGGACAGCAUGGCCAUCGAGGCCCUGCCCUUCGGGGACUGCCUGUGCCAGAUGCUGGACCUGGUCAAGCCCGAGAGCGAAGGGAAGAUCACGCUGCGCGACCUGAAGCGCUGCCGGCUGGCGCACGUGUUCUUCGACACCUUCUUCAACAUCGAGAAGUACCUGGACCACGAGCAGAGGGAGCAGGCCUCCCUGCUCAGGGAGGGCGACGGCGACGGCCCCGAGCUCUCGGACUGGGAGCGCUACGCCGCGGAGGAGUACGACAUCCUGGUGGCCGAGGAGGCGGCCGGGGAGCCGUGGGACGACGGGUACGAGGCGGAGCCGAGCCCGGUGGACACGCUGAGCGGGCUGCGGUCCCCGCUGGCCCAGAGGCCCUUCUUGGAGCUGCCCGGCGCCCUGGGCGACGUGGACCUGUUCGAGUACGACAGCGCGGACGAGGACCUGCCGCCCUGAGCGGCGCGCGGCGCCAG